AUGGAGGACCAGCUUGAACCUCUAAUUGUACAGACUCAUCGUCGUGUUACACGGUCCAUGGUCAAUAACGAUGUGAGUGACACAAAAGCCAUCAAAGUUGAGAAACGCAAGACAGUGCCACGAAAGGUACCCGCAGGAGUUGUACUCUCGGCAUCUCGAAUCCCUCCAAUCUCCAGCCAACACUUCGGUCUCGUCCAAGAAACCGUCGGAACAGAUCUGUACCAACUCCUCGUCGCAGCCGUCCUCUGGAACCGUACUCGAGGAUCCCAAGCCCGACCCAUUUUCCAAAAGCUCAUAUCUCGCUACCCAACACCAACUCACCUCGCAGAAGCAUGUUUCUCCGACCUUGCAGAUCUCAUCCGUCCGAUAGGACUGUACAACUCCCGUGCCACUCGGUUCAUCGCCUUCGCCAAGACAUGGCUUGAGAAACCACCCAAUAAAUCAAGGCGGUACAGGAAGCUACACUAUCCCCUGCGGGGCGAUGGCUUAGGAAUUGGCAAGGAUGAGGUCUUGGAUGAAGAUGAUGUGAGAAAUGGCUGGGAGGUGGCGCAUUUGCCGUCGCUUGGGCCAUAUGCAAUUGAUAGCUUUAGGAUCUUUCAUCGAGACAUACUGAGGGGUUUGGCUGAUGAUUGGGAUGGUUUGAAUGCAGUGCGGGGGUUCGAGCCUGAGUGGAAAAGGGUUGUGCCACUUGAUAAAGAGUUAAGGGCUUAUUUGCGGUGGAUGUGGCUGAAGGAGGGCUGGAUAUGGGAUCCUGAAACUGGGGAUAAGAUUAAAGCUUCUGAUGAGAGGAUGGAAAGAGAGCGGAAUCGAUCGAGGAGUUUGUCUCCUGAGGGGUUUCGAGUACCGAAGCACUGA